AUGGAAUCGUCAAGAAAAAAACCUCGUAUAGAUGAGGAUAAGCAAGAUUAUGUAUUUUUUGGUACAAGCAUUAUAGGAAGUGAUGGUAUAGAAGAAGGAAAAUAUGAGCCAAUUUGGAGACAAGAAGUACGAGAUGAACGGGGAAGAAGACGACUUCAUGGGGCAUUUACUGGUGGAUUUGUUGCUGGAUAUUUUAAUACAGUAGGAUCAAAAGAAGGAUGGACUCCACAAUCUUUUCGUUCUUCACGAAAAGAAAGAGCUAUCUUGAAAAUAUCUAAAGCAGAAGAUUAUAUGGAUGCAGAGGAUCUCGCUGAGAGGGAUGAAGAAAGACACCUUAAAACGAAAGAUGAUUUUAUUGGAAUUGGAUGUGAAGAUGUAAACCAAGAAAAAAAGGGGAGUAUAUUAGAUGAUUUAAUAAUAAAAAAAGAAUCAAUUGGCAUCAGAUUAUUAAAAAAAAUGGGCUGGAAGGAAGGUCAAGGUGUUGGUCCUCUUGUAAAAAGAUCGAAAUUAGAUGAUGAUGAAACAGAUGAUGAAUAUGCAUCAGAAUUUCUUUUUUCUCCUAAAGAUUCUAUAAUGGAUUUCUUUAAGAAUAAGACAGAUCUUUAUGGUUUGGGAUAUGUUCCUGCACCUGCUAUUGAGCGUUUACAGCAUAUUACAGAUAAUAACACACCAAAAUUUGGCAUUUCGGGAAUAAGUUUUGGUUAUGGAGUAUUAAAUGAGGAUGAUAAUGAAUAUGAUUAUGAGGUCUAUGAUUUCGGGCCUUCAAAAAUUAAAUAUGACACUGUAUUGGAUCAUGAAGAAAAAAAAAAAAACACUUCUAAUACGAAAUUAAAGCCUGUAACAAAACAUUUAUUUGUUCCUCGAAAAAAAAAUACUGUUGGUAUUGAAGUAAGAAGGUGUCAGGAUGGUUCUUUGCCUUUGAAUGGAUUCAUAUUAUCAGAAGUUUAUCGCAUAGAAAAAAAAGCAUGGUUUGAUCCUCCGGUAGUCCCAUCUGAUUAUGUACCUUGUGCACCUCAUUCUGAAAGAAAAGUCAUUUCUGGAAAUUUUUUGCAACCUAGAGAUCGGGGUGCUAUACUUGGUGAGACUCCUCUUCCUGGAAAAUCGGUAUUCGACUUUCUUUCGUCAUCUGCUCGAGAACGCAUGGUUCAAGCAACAGGAAGAACAGAUCUUCCUCCAGCACGGAAUGAAGGUGCGAUAACACGGGAAGAUUCUAAAUCGUCUAUUCCAUUAAUUGAUAAAAAAAUGGCUCUUGAUGCUUUGAAUAAUAAAUUUUUGCCUUACGAAGAUAAUCAAGACAAAAGAAGAAGAUAUAUUUUAUUCCUUCAGGAACAUGCAGGAAUUGUUCAACGGGGUUCAUAUGAGAACCUAGCUUCUCAUGAUUAUGAAAAAGAAGCGGAUGAAUUUGCUAAAUCUGCGCGUAUUUUUAAACCAAUGACCGGUAUAAUGAAAAAUAGAUUUACAUCAUCUUCAUCUUCUUUUUCUUCAGUUUCAAUUGUUGAUAAUUCUUCAAAAGGAGGAAUUAUAAAUAUUCCUGCAAAAGAAAACAAUACAGCUGAAGAAGCAGCAAAAAUGAAUAUGUUUGGUAGUCUUACUCGAAUAAUUACUACAUUUUAUCCUGCACGAUUACUUUGUAAACGAUUUAAUGUUCGAAAUCCACAUCCAGAUAAACAAUUAGAUGUAUCUAAUAUAAAUGAUGAUUCGAAAAACGAACUCGUUAAUGUAUCUAUUGUUGAAAAUAUUAUGCGAGAAGUAAAGGGAGACGAAACAUAUAUUCUCCCUGAAAAAAGACAGGAAAUUUUAAAUAUAGAUGAUACAACCAAUAAAGCAUUAGAAAAGGAAAGGCCUGACAUGGAUAUAUUUAUAUCAAUUUUUGGGGAGGAUAAGGAUGAUGAUAAUUGA